AUGGAGGCUGCCAUCACCCCACCCAAUGCCUCCAGUAACAGCAGCCAGGCCGGCAGCCCCCCACACUCGCCGGCGGCCACCGGGCUCAUCCUGCUGGCCGUGCUGGCCGUGCUGCUGGCCACGCUGGUGGGCAACGCGCUGGUAGUGGCAGCCGUCUCCACUAGCCGGGCCCUGCGCGCCCCGCAGAACCUCUUCCUGGUGUCCCUGGCUUCAGCGGACAUCCUGGUGGCCGUCCUCAUCCUGCCCUUCUCAUUAGCCAAAGAGGUGAUGGGCUACUGGUACUUCGGCAGCUUGUGGUGCAGCCUCUACCUGGCGCUGGAUGUGCUGCUGUGCACAGCCUCCAUCGGGCACCUCUGUGCCAUCAGCCUGGACCGCUACUGGGCCGUCACGCGGGCGGCACGGCUCAACCUGCGGCGCAGCCCCGGCCGCGUGAAAGGGAUGAUUGGGGCGGUGUGGGCCGCGGCCGCCCUGGUGGCCUUGCCACCCCUCUUCAAGGCCCGGCCGCGGGCACGGCAGUGCGAGCUGAUCGACGAGACGUGGUACGUGCUGGCCUCCUGCGUCGCCUCCUUCUUCGCCCCGUGCCUCGUCAUGGUCACCGUCUACUGCCGCAUCUACCGCCUCACCAUGCGUCGGAGUGCCGCUGUGCUCGCCGCCCGCCGCGGCUCGGCCCCGUGCCCUGGGGAUGCCAACAGGAGGGCGUCAUGGGCUGCAGCACCGACCCGGCGGCACCGGAGCCAGCACCAGAGCGUGUCGCUGUGCCGGCGGCGCUUACUGCGGGUGCGGGAGCGGCGCUUCACCAUCGUGCUGGCCGUGGUGAUGGGGGCCUUCGUGCUCUGCUGGUUCCCCUUCUUCUUCACCUACAGCCUGGAGGCUGUGUGUGGGGAGGGGUGCCGCGUCUCCAAGCCCCUCUUCAGCUUCUUCUUCUGGAUCGGGUACUGCAACAGCAGCCUCAACCCCAUCAUCUACACUGUCUUCAACAGGGAUUUCCGCGCUGCGUUCCGCAGACUCCUGGCUGCCCUGGUCCGGCACGGCUCCUAG